UGUGAUUGGCUUGACGGUGCGGCGCGUGUUUUGUUACUUCAUCCUCUCUCUCUCUCUCAUACACACACUUGUGCUGUGUGUUGUGUCACUCUUGUUCGCUUUUUCUAUUACCGUGUUCCUGCUUUAUUCAUCAUCCUCUUCCUUUACUUCACUUCUUUUUUUCUCCUCUAUUUUCUUACCAAACAUUUAUACUCCGAUUUACCGAAUGCAUUUUCUUCUUCACCGCGAUCAAAUCAUUUCGAUAAGACUCCUUAUUUUCCUCUAGGGUUUCCCUCAAUUCAAUUUCCAUGGCUAUCAGAGGCGUCGAUUUCAAGUGGUACGAUGGAUUUUUCCUCUCCAUGCUCGCCACCAGCGUAGUUAUUGUUGCAAUCAAUUGGAAGCGCUAUCAUUCUUGUACAUACCCAUUGCAUAUAUGGAUUGUGGUGGACUACACUGCUGUGUUCGUUUUCCGGCUCUUGAUGUUUGUCGAUAACGGCUUUGCCGCCGGAAUGGGCUUGGAUUUUGGGUGGCAGCAGAGAUAUGCUCGUUUCUGUGGUAGAGUGGUCGUCCUUUCAAUCCUUGGAUUGCUUCUUUAUCCAUUUCUUUGGGCUUGGACUAUAAUUGGUACCAUGUGGUUCAGCAGUGCCAAGAGCUGUUUACCUGAAGAGGGGCAGAAAUGGGGAUUCCUAAUCUGGUUACUUUUUAGCUACUGUGGACUUCUUUGCAUUGCUUGCAUGUCAGUAGGGAAGUGGUUGACUCGACGACAAGCACACUUAGUGCGUGCCCAACAGGGUAUCCCUCUGUCUGAAUAUGGGAUUUUGGUCGAUAUGAUUCGCGUGCCUGAUUGGGCAUUUGAAGCUGCAGGUCAAGAAACAAGGGGCAUGGGCCAAGAUACUGCUUCAUAUCAUCCAGGACUUUACCUAACACCAGCUCAGAGAGAAGCAGUCGAAGCUUUAAUUCAGGAACUCCCAAAGUUCAGGUUGAAGGCCGUUCCUACUGAUUGCAGUGAAUGCCCCAUCUGUUUAGAAGAGUUCCGUGUUGGGAAUGAGGUUCGUGGGCUGCCUUGUGCACACAAUUUUCAUGUUGAAUGCAUUGACGAGUGGCUUAGGCUGAAUGUGAAGUGUCCUAGGUGCCGUUGCUCAGUGUUCCCAAAUCUUGAUCUUAGUGCCCUGUCCAAUCUCCGUCCUGAUUCUGAACGGUCUUCUGACAGUGUUGUGACAACAACUAGAUACGUGAGAGGCCAACCUUCUAGUCAAAGUUACCUUUUAAGGUUACAGGGGCUUCUCCGCCCUGUACGUACUGAAAUUGCAGGGCCAGUUGGUGACACAGAUAAUGCUUUGCAAAAUGCUGAGAACGGUGUUGCACCUGUUUUGACACAAAAUGCACCAAACAGAGUCCAGGUCUCGUCGGUGGAAUGCAUGCCUGUCAGUCUUUCUUCUGCACAAAGGUAGAUUAAGUAGUUUUAGACCUUUGACUAGAAGAGGUUAAAGAAUGCAUAUCCACAUCUGGGCUGUAAAAAAAUGGUUCACAUUCUAACAUGAAAUUUUUACAUUGAUCCAUGAAGAAAUGGGUCAGUUUCUUUGUCUGGGGCAUCUUCGAAUGGCGUAGUAGGACUUGGAAAAUCAAGGUAUACCUUUUUGCUUUACUAACCUAGAUCAGAACUGCAGAUCUGUAGUUGAUUUUUUUCUUUUUCUUUUUUCCUUCUAGCUUUUUAUGUUUUGAUUUAGUGUAAAAAGAGUUCAAAAUUCUAAUCAUAUGGAGGAUGUGCUACUUUACCUGUUCCA